AUGGUAAUAUCUGGGAGAUGUCACAGAGAGAAGAAGAUAUCCUGCUCCAAGAAUUUGAGCGCCGUAUUGCAUUCAACAAGUUCCAGGUUCAGGGUAUUGCAAAACUUUGUGGUUUAUUGCACUUUUCUCGUUGAUGAUUUUGUAACGCCAUUGCAUGUGUUGGAUAUUUGGAGGUCUUGCGAUGAUUUUUUCUUACAGCUAGCUAGUUUUAUGAAGACUCGCAUAUUUAGUCAAAGAAGGCCUAUUGAUGGGUGGAAGUACAUGAUAGAGGAGAUUGGACCAAAUGCAAAGAGAAGCAACGGCAGUCUGUCAAGGUUGCCUAGUGUAUCAGAUGAAAUCAACUACACCAGUUACUAG